UUCACAGGAAUAGCUGUGCAGAGUUAGGACAGUAGUAAUAUGAAACCAGUCUUGUUGGUUUUUCUUCAUGGCCCUGGAGGCUGAAAUCUGCAUUCCAGAUGAAACCUGCAGCAAAUCGGAAGAGAGCCUCUUUUUUUCCUGCUUUCUUCAGCUUCAAGGGCGCUCGCCCGCGUUCGCUCUGGCCGGACGGGAACUGGGGACUCUGCACAGGCUCCGGGAGGUAGCACUGGAAGCUUCAGAUUCCUUACUUCGGCUUUCCAUUUGACGUGUUUUGGUGAUUAUGGAUUUACAAAAGAUCUUUAUCAAAGUGGAAAGACUAUGCAAAAGAAUCCGUCAGGAGUUUUCUGCUGAAAAGGACUCACAGCUCGUGUACUGGGACAAGGAAGUAGUAAACUACAAAUGCGCCCAGUUCUGUUCGGGAGGCUUGUUUAUAUAGCUGCUCGGCGCUUUUCAGCACGUAGGAAGUUGUGUGCAGCCAGUAGGAUUGCAGGAGUCCCAGCAGUAACCAUUGGUCGAAUUUUAUACCGAGAUUAGUGCGCUGGCAUAUUUGCUGUGACAAAAAGCCCUUUGUGUAAAGGAACAAGUUACCGACGCUGCCGAGAACUUUUUUUACGGUGGGUCUUUUUGCUGCUCCUGAAGUAGAGUUUGGAGACCUGAGGGACACUUUGGCUACCGGCUGCAGCGCUGGACCCGGAAGGAGGGCAGAGUGACCUGGGGGAGGCUGGCUGCCCUCGCAGGGCAGGGGAGCGCUGCCUGUUGCAGUGCCUGGAGUGACUUCAGUCUGCUGUCUGAAUGCAUGUGGUAAAUAUUUCUUUAGCGGUUAGUAGCACUGCUGGAAGCAAACCUGUUCUGUACUUCACGCAACAUGGAAGAAGAAAAUGCAGUGCCUGAUUGUAGUGAGCUUUCAGACCUGGAGAAUACAGCAGAACGUGAACCUGAUCUUUUGACUACCUUUUCUGUGAAAACACUUUUUGGAUUUACAACUAAAUUUGAAUCUACAGCUUCCAAAGAAGAAACAGUGCUUAAAGCAUUUCAACCUUUGCACACCAAUAUAAAUACUCAUGUGAACACCUGGCAUGAGAGGAAUGAUAAUGGUUGUAAUGACGACUCAGAAAAUCAUCAUGGCAUGAAUGGUACCAGUGGCCAAGCUGACCCAAUGUCUGGCAGACAAACUGACCUGGAACUGGAAUUAGCUGAACAAAAUGAAUUACUUCUUCACCAUUUAAGGAUUGUACAGACUUCUUUGUCUGAAUCUGACAAUGAUGACAAGGAUGCUAUUCUCGUACAAGGUACUUUGGUUCAUACAACAAGUGAUACAGAAUCAGACACAGAGAGUAAGGACCUAGACACCGAUGAAAACAAUACAGGCGAAUCUGGGCUAAAUAAUGCUUCUUUGUCUGCCGAGGCUUUGGACGAUAACAAUCAAAAUAAGGAAGAGUCAGAAUCAGAAGGGCACAGCAACAGUGAUGACACUGUGGAUACAGAUGACAUUGAGUUACACCCACCACUUUCUAAGCGGCUCCCAAAAGAGCUGGAUGAUACUCUGGAGCAUGACUCCAAUGGAAAAGACAGAGUGUUAAUGGAUGAGCAGUUCGGUCGCUUGCUUGCUGCAGGGGAAUGCCCUCAAGAACUUCCAGAUGAAGAACAAAGACCUUUGGCUGAUAAUACAUUGCUCCAAAAAACAGCACUGGCUGAAAAGACUUUCCAGCUGCCAGCUUUCUUUAGUGGACUACGUGUGAGGAAAAAGGGACUAACCACAGAGGAUGGGGAAACUGUUACAGAAAUUAAACCAAGGGAGAAUGAUUUAGCUCUGCUAAAAUUACGACAGCCUGUUAAGAAAUCCAGUAUUACAUCAGGUUUGACCACUAAAAAAAAAUCAGCUGAACCUAAAGCAAGUCCUACUUUCCUGGAGCAACUCUCACACUUGUUAAACAUAGACGUCUCCAAGAAUGAAGACAGAACUGAGGACUCUGGUGAAGGAUCUGGGGACACCGAGGACAGUGAUGAAGCUCAAGAGAACAAAGGCUCUGGCAAAACAGAACCACGAUUUUCCUCUGAGGAAAUAAAAUCAAGCCCUGCUGAAUCUGCACUGGACGUCUUUAAAGCUUUAUUCACACGGCCUCCCAAAAAAGAAACAACUGCAGAUACUUCAGAGCUGGAAGCCAUAAAACGCAAAAUGAGAAAUGAAAAAGAGUCCUUGAAAGCUGUAUUUGAAAGGUCAAAAUCAAAACCUGGGGAUGGACCGUCAGACAAAUCUCCUGACCUGAGUCCCUCAGAGCAAGAUGACAAGACUCCAGGGAGACUCCAGACUGUCUGGCCACCGCCAAAAGCAAAGCACGAAGAAGUAAAAGUAGGAUUAAAGUACACAGAAGCAGCUCACCUAAAGCUUUACAAGGAGGGACCACCAGAGUACCAAGCUGCCAUUUUGCAUUUAAAGAGGGAACACAAAGAAGAAAUUGAAACAUUAAAGUCUCAGUUUGAACUCAGGGUAUUCCAUAUUCGUGGAGAACACGCUGUAUCAACUGCUCAGCUUGAGGAAACCAUUGCACAUCUGAAGAAUGAACUCGACAAUAAAUUAAACAGAAGAAACGAAAAAGCAAAGGAUAUCGGUGUUUCUACUGAAGAUGAUAACCCACCAAAGACAUACCGAAAUGUAUGUAUACAGACUGACAGAGAAACUUUCAUAAAGCCUAGUGAAGAAGAAAACAGAGCUGUGAAAAAUAACCAAAUAGUACCCAAAAAGCUUAAUAUUUCUUCUUUGUCACAUAGUAUUUCUGCCCAAAGUGAAAAUAAGGACAAUUACAAUGUACAGUCUUCAGAAAGUGUCUUAUCUUGUCAACCAAAACAAAUGCUGCCGCCUCCUCCACCACCACCACCACCACCUCCACCACCUCCUCCUCCUCUUCCUGAUUCUUUACUACCAGGUUUAGUUCCUCAACCACCACCUUUGCCAAUGGAUACAACUUCACUGACAUCUCAGUUUGGAUUUGGUCCACCACUGCCACCUCCACUUUCUGAAGGCUGUAGGAAUUUUCAAGCACCACCACCACCACCACCGCUUCCAGGGUUGGGACCUCCUGUUCCUCCUCCACUGCCUGGAUCUGGGUUACCUCCACCCCCUCCACCUCCUGGGCCUGGGUUCUUUUUUAAUAGCACUUUAUCUUCAAACCAAGGCCCUCGAAAACCUGCCAUUGAACCUAGCCGUCCCAUGAAGCCUUUGUAUUGGACACGGAUACAAUUACAAGGCAGCAGGAAAACUGCUAUGCCAACAUUAUGGGAAUCAUUAGAAGAACCUGAUAUACUUGAUACUACUGAGUUUGAAUAUUUAUUCUCCAAAGACACCACUCAGGAAAAACGAAAACCAUUAUCAGAGACUUACGAAAAAAAAAACAAGGCCAAAAAGAUUAUCAAAUUGUUGGAUGGAAAACGGUCUCAAACUGUAGGAAUUUUAAUAUCCAGUUUGCACCUGGAGAUGAAGGAUAUUCAACAAGCUAUACUGUGUGUUGAUGACUCCAUAGUAGAUCUGGAAACACUGGAAGCACUAUAUGAGAAUAGAGCACAAAAGGAUGAACUGGAGAAAAUCAAGCAAUAUUAUCAGACUUCAAAAGAGGAGGAACUGAAGCUUCUGGAUAAACCGGAACAAUUUUUAUAUGAGUUAUCUCAGAUCCCCAACUUCACAGAACGAGCUCAGUGUAUUAUCUUCCAGUCAGUUUUCUCCGAAGGGAUAACAUCAGUGCACCGGAAAGUUGAUAUCAUAACUCGUGUUUCCAAGGCUUUGCUGAACAUGACCAGUGUAAAGGAAAUUUUAGGUUUGAUUCUGGCUUUUGGAAAUUAUAUGAACGGUGGGAAUAGGACCCGAGGUCAAGCAGAUGGUUUUGGUUUGGAAAUACUCCCCAAACUAAAGGAUGUCAAAAGCAGAGAUAAUGGUAUUAAUCUUGUGGAUUAUGUCGUCAUAUAUUACCUACGCCAUUGUGACAAGGAAGCAGGAACAGACAAGAGUAUUUUUCCUUUACCAGAACCACAGGAUUUUUUCCAGGCCUCCCAAGUUAAGUUUGAAGACCUAAUAAAAGACUUAAGGAAACUGAAGAGAGAUCUAGAAGCCUCUGAAAAACAGAUGAAGUUAGUUUGCAGAGAGUCUUCUGAAGAGCAUCUCCAGCCCUUCAAGGAGAAAUUAGAGGAAUUCUUCCAGAAAGCUAAAGAAGAACGUAAAAAAGAAGAGAGCAGUUUGGAAAAUGCACAAAAAUGCUUUGAAGAAACAGUGGGAUACUUCGGGAUAAAGCCAAAGCCUGGCGAGAAGGAGAUCACACCAAACUACGUUUUCACGGUGUGGUACGAAUUCUGCAGUGACUUCAAGACCAUUUGGAAACGAGAGAGCAAAAGCAUUUCCAAGGAACGAAUUAAAGUGGCUCAGCAAUCAGUAAGCAAGUUAACUGCAGAGAAGAAAGUUGAAACGAAGAAAAUCAAUCCUACAGCUAGCCUGAAAGAAAGACUACGUCAAAAGGAAGCCAGUGUGACUGCCAACUGAAAGAAGAAAGAUGAAAAUGAUAGCGUGACUUCAGCCCUUGCACGAUGCUUUACUACAGCCAUGGCCCAGGGAGCACCUUAUAUUAGAUACCAAAUUGUGCUUUGCUGAUCUGUUCCAAGACAAUCCACUAAAGAUUUUUCAGUUCCUUCAGAGGGGUUUGUACAUUCAGUGGAGGGAAUUCUAAGAAGGUUUUCACAUGAGAAGUCAAAAUUAUUUUCUGUAACUCUUCCUUACAUUGCUUGAAAUGCAUCUGGUUAUUUAAUGGUUAUUUAAAGUACUCUGUGCAUAAUGCACUAAUAUGGAAGAGCUAAAAUGAGCAUUGUGGAUGCAGAGUUAAGUAAUGACUAACAACCUGUAGGUUAUUUACAGGGCUUUGUGUACAUGAGAGCAAAUAAGCCAUCCAGCUCGCAAAAGACGAUUAUAUCAUACUUUUCGUUACUUCAACAGUAACUGAGGUAAAAUUGACUGAUUCUAAAUAAUUUUACAGUGUCUAAGUAUUGGAUGCAUCUUUCUAAAACUGAUUACAUGUAAUUAUAGAUUUAUGCUGUAUUUUACUAUAAAUAUUUUUAUAGAAGCUUCAGCUUAUGCCAUACAUUGAAAUGGAAACAAUAUUUUGCACAUGAAAAGGAAUAGCUUCAAAUUCUUUAGUUUUAUGAUUGAUGGCAUAACUGAUUCAUUAUUUUUAUGGUUUUAACCUAACAUUUCCUAAAUUUUGAGCUUCAAAAGAAAAAUUAUAAAAAUGUAUAUUUUUAUUUCAGUAUAUAUUGAAAAUAUCAAUUCCAUAAAAUGAUGGUUUUAUUAGUCAUUAUUCAUUGAAAUAAAAUACAACAAUAUGUCUCCAUGAAGUUACACAUUUGCCAUUAAAUCUCUGGCUUUCAAUUUGUUUGAGAGCUUUCUUUUAAACAGUGAAUAUCUCACUCUAGAAUAUAUUAUGCAGCCUGCUCUUGUCCCCCUAUAUUUAUAUGAAGAAUAGAUCCAGCAUACAUACAUAUAUAUACAUAUAUAUAUAUAAUUUAAUAAGUAAAACUUGAGGAAUAAAUAAAAACCUUGCUCUCCUCCUGUAAUAUUAUAACCAUUGCCCAUAAAGUAGCAGAGCCUGAAAAAAAACCCCUACAGAAUAUCCACUGUUAUUUGAAGAUUCUUGCUGCAUUUUUAGGAUUUGGACUUUUAGAAGGAGACAUCUUGAAGCAGAAGUUAAUUUCAGGUAAAACAUAAAAGUCAUUUUUAAAUACAAGUAGGUAACAACCUAUAAAUAGGAAUGACAAAGUGGAGAAAAUGUGCUUCUGCUUGCUGUCCUUAAGAGAGAAAUCCCCUUCUUUAUGAUAAUGGUGUCUGAAGUUGGUUACGAAGAAAAAUUUGGUGAAGCAAAAAAAAUACAAAAAGGUAAUGGGGUAAUGGGGAGAAGGUAUUAGUCCUUUGCUUAGAAGCUGGAAAGAAUUUGCAUGAGACAGACAUGCAGCAAAUUAGAUAGAGAAACUGAUGAAACCUAAGGCAAAGUCAUCCUAAAAGUGUACACUUAUUAAAGAAAACAGCAGGUCUGAAGACACCCAUUCAUGAAGUGACGUGAACAUUUCAUAUAUUGCAGGUUUCUUAAAUUUCCACAUAAAUAAAAAUAAGGCAAUCAAGAUUCCCUUGUAUGUUUUGGAGUUUCUGGCUGCUGCAGAUAUACUCAGGAUGUGUAAGCAUAACUCUUAUGAAAACGGUCAAUAAUAUACCAGCAAAAAGGAUCUGAUUUGUUGUUUGGCUCUCCCCAUUGCAGAGAAAUAAAUUGCAAACAUUUAAGUUUUCUGUCUUCCAGCAAAUAGGAAAGUACAUUUGUUUCCAGUAUUAUUAGUGGUAAACAGCAGCGGCAAUAAUGCAUGUAAAAGCCAAAGAACAACAGCAAACAAGACAAUUCUGAUGAGUAUUUAAGCAAACAACCAUUGGGUUUUGAUAUGGUUUUCUAUCUAUCAUGAAGAUAGUGUAUAUUGCCAUUUGACUUGAUUGGAAAUUUUUCAAUGAAAUGUUUUACUUGAAAUAUUAAUCAACAAGAGUAGCACUGUUUGUGAAAAAGGAUUGGUUUUGAAAAUUCUCAUUAGAAAUAUAUUAUGGAAAAAAGUUUUUAAAUCGCUGAAAUAUCCUUUUCAAAUUUUCUAAAUGUGAAGUUUCAUUUUUCAGUUCAAAUUGACUUUUCAUUUUGAAAUGUUGAAAAAUGUAUAUAAAAAGGGAUUAAAAUUAAAAUUAUUGAUGUAAAGCAUUUCUUGAUCAGAUUUAUAAUUCUUUUUCCAGAUUACCAAUGUGCCAAAGUUUUGAGAAUUUAGGCUAUGUUUCAGAAGAUUCAAAAACUUAUAUAGCACAGAGACAUUUUUCUUCCCCAUCUUCAGUUGUACUGAUUUUCUUCUCAAGACAGAGAUUCUGAUUCAAGCUUCACCCAUGACUUAAAUCCUCUACUACUAGUUAAACUAUUUUUAAGUGAAAAAAAGAAUUCACCCAAACUAUCUGAUUCAUUCUCUUAAUCAAGACUUUAAGACUCUUGGAUGGAAUUCAUCAGCUAAGUAUCACGCUCACACUCAGUGAUACCCAGAAGUGUCUUCAGGCAGCGACUGAAGUGAUAAAGAUAUACCUGCAGACCUUAACUAAAAUGUUCUAUUAGAGAAGAGGUAUUAACAGAUAUUAUAUAUCUAUGUAAGCUGUUUAAUUAUGAAAUAUUUAGACACUACAGACAUUGCAAUUGGGCAUCAACUAGCAUUUGUCUUGGGGUCACCAAGUGUCACCAAAAGUUAUGUCUUAAGCUUACAUUAAGUUUGGUGCCUAACUUUACCCUGAGCUUUCUAGUUUGGGGGGAAUAAAAGGAGAGAAGGAGAAAAGAAAGAAAAUAAAAAGAUGGAAUGGAACAGAAGUCUCUGGUACAUGUCUACAUUGCUGUCAAGGAAGUAAAAGUAAAGAGUGGACUAAAUUAAGCCAAACACCAAUAGCUAGACAGCUAACAUUUUCCAGGCUAUAUAAUUUAAAAAUACCUCUACACUACAUAGAAGUCACUUCUGUGACCACAAAGUAGAUGCGGCUUAAGAGAUUUUUUUCUGGUUUUUUGUUUUGUUUUGUUUUCAACUCUUCUAUUAUUGCCAAGCUUCUCAAAGUCUGUAAAGGAAAGCACUAUUAAACCCAUAUGACUCAGUAGGUGCUUAUUACCCAGGAAAAUUAUAUACAUUACUGAUUUAUAAAUCGAAUUAUUAGGAAGAAUUCAGUUUAGAUGAGUAAGUAUCAAUAAUUUAUUAAGUGCUCUUUACUUUAUUUACAACAUUACCACUUACUGAUUCUAAAAUGAAAGACCUUUUAGCGUCUUUGAGAUAUUUUGACAAUAUAAAUUAUAUUUUCAUUAUGUUUUUAUUAAUCUACGAAAACUACCCAGGUGUUUUGCCAUGACUAACCCAUGUAAGUGUUUUAUCAUGUGCUUUAUUAUAGGGCUGUAAAUGUAUAGAUUGAAUAAUAUUAUACUUUUGUAUUUAACUUAGAAUUUUUCUGCAGCAAAAUAGAAACUGUAUUAUGUUCAGUUUCUGUACAUAUAGAAAAUUAGAGUAGAAUGGAUGGAAUAUUCAGAAAGCAGAGAGCAAAAUAAUUGAAUAUUUUAAGCAGUUCUAGGAAGGAUAAAGUUUAUAUAGGAUUUAAACCUUUCUGAAUCGCGGAGGAUAUUUCCUCCAACCAGAUACAGAGAGCCAGGGUAUCUCUGACCAGUCUAAUUUUUUUCUACAUGAAACAUGAAUAAAAUAUUUUGUUUUCCAUGUGACAUACAGGGUUCUUAUUGCCCUGAUUUUCCAGUAAAUUAUUAGCAAUUUCUUUCUUAAAUCUAAGUAUCUUUCCUAGCUGAUGAAUACGGAGCAGUGGAAGGCUGUGUAUUUUCUUAUUUAGUAAUACCAUUUCUUCAUUGCUUCAGGUCUAUAUUUUAAAAAUGGAUGCCUUAAUCUUGUGUGGGUGUGGAAUUUCAGAAACACUCAAACAAGUUAGAAAUAUUCAUCUUAUUAGAGCGUCGUUGUUUUUCUGAAAAUCCACCUCCUUAAUCUGUGUUUAGGAACCAGUCUAAGCUUCUAGUUUCAGAAAACCAUAUCCACCUAGUUUUUGCUUGUUCUCGGCCUUGUCUUGAUCUUGUUCAAUAUUGUUAUGGAUCUUGCUCUUCCUUUUCUGUUUUUUUUGUUUUUUUUUCUUUUUUUAAGGGUUUUUUUAAUGCCUUUAGAAUUUAUUAAUGCCAGUUAGUGAAUUUCAGGGUUUGUAGUCUGGAGAGUUCUCUUUGGCAUUCUUCUUUUUAAGAUAAGCCUGUGUAUUUGCAUAUAAAUGUAAAGAGAAUAAAAAAGUUAAAAGGUAACUUGAUUAUAGUCAAGAAGUUGCUUCAAAGAGAGAAAAUACUAGGAACUAAAUGGUUCCUUGUGCCAGCAAGGAAAAAUAUAACAAAACCAAUAUAAAAAUUAAAACCAGAAAAAUUAAAAUUAGAAAUAAAUUCCAAACUAUUAGUAACGAGGCUAGUUAACCACGGGAAGAAGUUAGCAAAGAUAGUUGUAGUUUCUCCAUUUUCUGAUGCUUUCAAAUCAGGAUGGAACAUCUUUCUGAAAGGUUUGUGUAGUCUAAUACAGCUUAUUGGACUCAGUUCAGAUGUACCCAAGUGGCAUGCCGUAUCCAUUGACUCACCAGUUCAAACAGUUCCUCUAGACAGAAAAAUGUAAGAAUAAGUAUGUCAAAAGACCUAAUAAAAUAUUUUUUUCUCGGCUGUAAUGAAAUAUUCUUAUCCAAGCUAGAAGAGUUCUGUGUCGUGAUUUUAAAUUUAAAAUAUCCCAAAUAGCAUGUUGUAGAGCAACAGAAUGCAGGAAACCAUUGUCAAAUUAUGAACAUUUGUAUUUCAAAUGAUUAAUUAAUUAGUAUCUGUCUGAUACAUCUUGUGCUAUUUACAAUAUGGCAAAUGUAUGUACUUAUGAAUUCAACACUGUUUUAGAGAUUUCCAAUCUAGGUCUGAGAAAACUGGCAUUUUGGAUUGCACAAUGUGAAAUCCCAGAAUCACAGAAACCCUGGUUCCUUAGUAUUUGUCAAAGGUUUGAGCAUAUGCAAGGGAGUCUACUUUGGGUACAGCUAAUGUGAUGCAAAAUUUAAAUAACGGUCUCUCUUUUAGUGAAUUAUUAGAUAUGACCUGUUCAUAUCAUUAGCAAAUAUUUCCACUGCUCAAUAGGGUUUGAACCAUAACAAUUUUAUGCAAUUGUUUGAGAGAUGAAAAGUUCAAAAGUUGUGCAAGCAAAAUUGGUAGAACUCUUAAAAAAUACUAGGGUUUGCAAGUCUUUUUUCUCAAAAUGCCUGCAAGAACUUUUCUUUCGUUCUUUCUUUGUUCAUUUUUUUUUAAUUUUUUCAUUUAAAAAAAUCUUCUUAGAAGCAUUACUAAAAUGGAUGUUGGGUUUUUUUCCACUUGUUGAAAAUGUGGUACACCUAAACUCUGUAAUAUUUUCAGUAAAUUUGGCAAGCUUCAACUGGCUUUAAAUGAUUUUGAUUUGAUACCUCAUAGAAUUCAAGCUUUUAAAUUAGGGCUUCUUUGUAAAAUGUAAGCACGGGGUAUAAGAGAACAUUUGUUUUAAGAAGCAAUGAAGUAAAAAUGCUGAACUGAUAGACCCAGAAUGCACCACCUUCCUGAGAAGACAUUAUCAAGUAGCAUAAGCUUUCCCAUAAGGUAGAAGAGCAUUGUGUUUCCUGUGCUUUGUUUCUGAUGGAUGUCGUCUUAGAGUAAACUAAAGGUAGCGAUUUAAUUUUUUUCAUUAGAUAUUUCUGGUUAAUUUCAUUUUGUACUUUGUCACUUCACUUUCAUCUUCAAUAAUCUAAUAUUGAGGUAAUACGAAGCCUUUUUACAGAGGCUGAUAGUGUAAGUGCUUAUAUAUGCAAGUAGUUUUAUUUAUGUAAGUAUUCCUGUGGCCGACACAGUAAAAAAUAUCCAUAGAGAACAUUUGGGAGUCAUGGGACUGAAUAAAAUCUCUUUUAGAAUCCUGUUGUAAAAAUUAUCCUGAACUAUCCCAGUAUGAGACAUGGAUUUCUUUUCUGCGGUAGAAUCUGCCUCAAAAGGUUUUGAAGCUCUGGGAGCUUUUGGAGGAUGGGGCUGUUGGCAUGGCAUCUUUGCUCUAGCCAUCAGUUCCUGAAUGUAUGGCUUCUCUGGAGUUACACUGCAGUUGAAUUCCCUGAUCAAGAUUGCCCCGGAACUCCUGGAAGGGAGACUGGAAAAUGCCAUCAAUGGCCAUACAUUUUCAAAAGGGAAAGAGUUCAUAAUUAUAUUUCCAGAUUAAAGUAAAAACUAGCAGACGCUUCCAAAAUAGCAGAAUAUUUUAUAGUUGUAUGUAUCCUUUAAUUAGUUUCUAUAGGUUUCAGAAAUUUUGCAUUCAUUUGUUAACUUCAUUCUGUGCCUAUGUUCUUGUAUUUAUUGCUCAUAUUGUUAUUUAAUAUUAGUAGAAUCACUUACAUAUUCUUACCCCUUUAUUGUGCUGAGACCACUAAAAUGUUGACUACAAAAGCUGUUGAAAGAGAGAUCCUUUAACAGAGUCCUGACAGGCAGUUGUGUUUCAGGUUUCCCAAUGUUGUCCUGCCAGGAUCCUUCAUAUUUUCCUAGAGGUAAGAAGAGUUUAGCUGCCAUCUGAGUUCUCAGCCUUUCCAAAUCAUAAACUAGUACUUGUAGCCGAGGGCCAAAUGAUGGGGCCAAAUUCUAUUAUCACUGAUAACUAUUGGCUUCACUGCAAUUAGAAGUUAAAUGGGGCACAAAAUAAUUCUAAAGAUGGCAAGUGAGGUGUUUUCAUGAUACCCAUUAAACUGUAAUGCAUUUGAUAAGCUCAAAGUCCUAAAAAGUACUGACACAGCCUGAGAUUCAUGUACUAUAUUGACUCUGACACACAGCAUCCUUAUAGGUUAAGCUCAAGUGACUUUAGAAAGAGGAGCUGUAAUAUCCAUUCAGUGGUCAAUAGUGUUUUUUUGAAUCUGCAACAAGAUUAUUUUUGUCAAUCUGUGAAUUACAUAUUAGAAAAAAUUAACUGGUACAUUUUCUCUCUGACUUCUCCCAGAGGGACCAAGCUUGUACUUCGGUAUUUUUAUUUUCUCAUUUGGCAUGCUGUAAAUACAUUCCAUUGUAGUUGGAUGAAUGCUCAUCCUGAGUAACUAUGCACAGAUAAUAUGUUAUAGAAACUGCAGAAACAGUGUAGAGAACAAAGAAUAUAGCACUAUUUCUUACUGCUUGAAGCAUCUAUAGUCAGCAAAUGAACAUAUAUAUUGUAUAGCACCUGAUUCUUAUUUCUUAUUUGUAAAGUAGUUUAAGGAAUGUAUUGCCAUUAGCAGCUAACCACUAUAAACCGGAUGAAAGCCAUGUUGUUCUUCUUAUACUCCUUAUAUUUUUCUCUGUAUUAGAAUGAGUUUUUGUGGUGUGGGCAUCUUCUAGAUUUUAAGGGGAAAUACACCAUUUUGUAAUGAAUCAAAAUGGAACAAGAUCACAGUUCUAUUCUAUACUUUCGUAUCUGACAGGAAGGUGAAGGAAUAAAACUGCUUUCAUUCCACAUAAAACCAAUACAUUUUUCUGAUUCCUUUUCAUUCUGUUAUUCAUUUUGUGUUACACUCCAGUGUGUUUUAGGAGGGCUGUAAAGAAAUUAGAAGGUCCAGCUAUGAAUCUCAUUCCUUGAAGAUUCCCUGUAAUGUUCAAAUCCAGCAAACUGGCAUGGGGAACUCCUCCCCCAUCACUGUUUUUCCUCAGCAAUUCACAGAAUUCCCCACUCUCCUCCUUUUGUUAAAAAUAAAGUCACGUGGUUACCAAACUGAUUGCUAGAAGUCCAAGAAAAGCUCAGCUAUUGGGUGAGGAGAGGUCAAUUAACUUCCAAACCACAGUAAAGUGUGGCGUUACUGAGCACAAAUUGGACCUCAGUAAUUCACCUCAGUCGAACACAGCUCAGUUUCAAAGAGUUAGACAAUCAAUACAGUGUUUUUGUGCAUCUCUGUUACUUCUCAUUUUACAUCAAGAAAGCCAGUCUCUCUGAGUAGGAGGCAGAACUUGUGCAUUUAGUGCCGUAAUCGACUUCUGCUUAAUUCCAGACCAGAAGUAUGUGUGAUAUGGGAGAUGUAUCUGUGUGUUUUGGUAUUACAUGUUACACAUAUUUUCCAUCACUUAUCCAGGGGCCAAGUAAAGAGGCUCAGUAAUCUACCUAAAAUUAAAAUGUUGGUAAAAAAUGCCAUUGCAACAAUAUAAAGCUCACUGUUUCAUUCUUGUGGAUUUUCAUUUGAAGAAGUCCAUCGUCAUGUAACUGCCUAUUUAAGUGUUUUGGUUUGUUUGUUUUAAUUAAAAGAUGAUAUUCUGUCAGAUAAUCAAGCCAGCUUGUCUUGGACAAACUUCUAUGGGGGCUUGAGUGCUGGUCAAGUGAAAUAAUCUGUGCGCGUGUUCAACCAGUCAACUUGUAGCUACGGUAGCCUGAACAACACCGUUUCAUCUCCAUAUAGCUCAGAAAAAGGAGAGACUUGAGAAGGAAACGUAAUGGUUUUUCAGGUGUCAAGUUCAGAAAAGCUAUGUCAAAUGAAACGCAUUCUUGUCCUAUUGUAUUGGUUUUGAAACGUCAGUGAUGCCUCUUGCAAAGGAAGAGAAGGCUCAUGCUCCGUGUCAGAUGGGAUUGGAUAAGGACUUCUCAAAAAGAGUUGGUAAAGGCACUGUUUCUUGUAGGAACUCUCAGCAAAGCUGUGAAUGCCCAGCUGAUGGAUGGCAAUAUGUUGCUCAGGAGAAACAGAAUUAUUUUUAUAGUGUUUUGAAAGUACAUAUUUAUUAUAAUGACACUUUGUUUCUCCGGUAUAUCACCCUCAGGGAAAAAAGCUGCCCCUGUCAUUGUACUCAGCUCUUACUCUCUGAAGUACAAAGCUAAAAGCUUCACCGUAUUCAGGAAUUAUAGGAAGCAAAAAUGGAGAAAUAUUAUUUUGGGAAGAAUCAGAGUUGGCCUCUGGAAAGUGUUUUUGGUAGGAUUAUAGCAUGAUUUUCAACUUUCAUUUAGUUAUUUUGAAAUUUAUGUUUUCCUUUCCAAUCAUUUUGAGUUGAAUAGUUGCACUGUUGAACAUUAUUGUUGUUGGUACUCUUCCCUCUCUUCUCUCCAUGUGACUCAAAACCAUCAAAAUACGGGCCUCUCUGGCUGGUUAACUUCUCUUUGAAGAUGUAGCAAAAUGGCAAAUUCUCUCGCAAUGCUAUUAAUAUUCUCUGUGUACCUAGCACGUUUCACAGACAUAACAGGGUUUAAGUCUCUCAUGUCCAUAUGGGAUUUGCUUUAAUAAAAUCAUAGUUUUGCUUGAAUGUUAACACAUACACUCAGCAGUUAUAUAUUUUCUGUCAUUUGAAUUGAGCUUAACUUUGCAUUUUUCAUUCCGCAAAAUAUACAGCAAAAAUAAUGGAAUAUUAAUUUGGGUUAGUGUUUUUUUGUUUCUCAGGAAUCAAAGUCCUUUGGGUAGUUCUUGACUAAAUAUGUUAUAAAUGUCUUAAAAGAAUAUGCUAAAUAAAUUCAGGUGCUUUUUUCUCCCCUUCAUAUUGCAACUGUGUGUGUGUGUAUGUGUGUGUGUUUCUACUACGUACCUGAAACUUUAAUUUUCUCGAAAACAAGGUGUGCACAUGAUUAGCUUUGUAAAAGUUAUUGUAGUGGAAUGGAGUAUUUAUUUUUAAACUAAAUUCUUAAGGAACCAUUGACUGUAAAUAAAAGACUAUA